CGGCAGUAUGUGCAAAGCUUGGCAAGCGGGUUUGUGGUAAGUGGAGUGUAUGUUGUGUGGCUCCGUAUUUUCUGCGAUUUCUCAUGUGGAUUAUUCGUCAAAAUACGCAGACACAAGAUACAAUGCGUUUUACUUCCUAAUAUGAGAUCCCUUAGAAUGGGAUAUCAAUUGCAUCUCCUAAAUAAUCGAACCAGCUGAUUGGUAGGCCCAGGUCACAUAUUUAUUUUAAGUUAAUUGGGCGCAAACAUGAAUGAUACAAGAGAAGCACCACCCCGUAAUGAUACUCCAGUGGAUCCAAUCAAUGGGGUGGUUCAGCCUCUUGUUAACCCAGCUCCGGAAAGGCCAGGUCGUGUCACUAAUCAGCUCCAAUUUCUACAAAAAACUGUGCUUAAGGCUGUCAGCAAACAUCAAUUUGCAUGGCCUUUUGCAGCACCUGUUGAUGCUAAAAAACUCAAUUUGCCUGACUACCAUAAAAUAAUUAAACAACCUAUGGACCUGGGAACAAUAAAAAAGAGACUGGAUAACAACUACUAUUGGUCAGGCAAAGAAUGCAUACAAGAUUUUAACACAAUGUUUUCAAACUGUUAUGUGUACAAUAAACCAGGUGAAGAUGUGGUGGUUAUGGCACAAACUUUGGAGAAAGUAUUUCUUACCAAAGUAGCAGAUAUACCCAAGGAUGAAGUAGUUGUGGAACCACCAGCAAAAGGUGGCAAGGGCAAAAAGGGAAGAACAAGUAGUGGGUCAGGAACCGGUGGAGCUACACCCACAGCAGGGAGAGGAAGACCUCCAGGUGCUGUCUCUUCAACUAGCGCGACUCCAGUGGCAACAACAACAGGAUCAUCAGGUCUACCACUAGGCACACAAGCUCCCACCACAGUUCCUGGCAGUACUGCCACAACAACAAUCACACCUGCAUCGACACACAGCUCUCUUCCUCCCCAACCAAUAUCACAGAAUUACCACUCAAAUUCCUUAGACCCCUUAUCAACGUCUGUUUUACCAGGCAGUGUUGUACCCCCUUCACAACCUGCAAAGUCAAAAAAAGGAGUUAAAAGAAAGGCUGAUACUACAACGCCGACGGCUAACGCUUACGACUACAACCCACCGUUGGAAUCAAAAUCGGCCAAAAUAAUAAACAGGAGGGAGUCAGGAAGACAGAUUAAAAAACCGAUCAGGCCUGAACUGGACGGUCUAGUACCAUACAACCAGGCCACCAUUUCCCCAAUGACCAAUAUAAAUACCGCCACACCUCAGCAUGCUGCGUUGAAGACGAAAGAGAAACUCAGCGAAGCCUUAAAAGCGUGCAAUGAAAUUUUAAAGGAACUCUUCUCCAAAAAACAUUCAAGCUACGGAUGGCCAUUUUAUCAGCCAGUGGAUGCCCAGCUAUUGGGCUUGCACGAUUAUCACGACAUUAUCCGAAAGCCUAUGGACUUGGGCACUGUUAAACAAAAAAUGGACAACCGCGAGUACCGUACCGCGCAAGAGUUUGCCGGCGACGUGAGACUGAUAUUCACAAACUGUUACAAGUACAACCCCUCGGAUCACGAUGUCGUGGCCAUGGCACGAAAGCUGCAGGAUGUAUUUGAAGUCAAAUUCGCCAAAAUUCCAGAAGAACCAGUUAAUAGGAUAGGUGGCCCACCCGUCAAGUCCGAGUCCAGUUCGUCUGGCUCCAGCUCGGAAUCUUCGAGCGAAACAGAGGAUUCCGAGGAAGAAAGGCGGAACAAACAGCUCAAGUCUCUGGAAAAAGAGCUGAUAAUGAUGCAAGAAAAAAUGCGCAAAUUGGUAGAGGAGAGUUCAAAGCGAAAGAAGGAAAAGAAAAAGCAAAAGGAGAAGGAAAAGCCAAAGAAGACGGUAGCGAACAAUAACAGCAGCAGCGGCAACAGUAACAACAGCAUUGGAGUGCGCGGUCCCAAACCCAGCUCGGUGGCUUCCGGUUUCCCUGCUGCGAAUCGCAGCAACCGGGCGGCCAAACCUGCGAGCAAAGCCGGCAGAAAGAAGCAACAAGCGGCUCCGGCCCCGCUGGCGUUCGAUUCCGAGGAUGAAGACAACGCUAAACCGAUGUCGUACGACGAGAAGCGACAGCUCUCGUUGGAUAUCAAUAAGCUGCCUGGCGACAAAUUAGGAAAAGUUGUACAUAUAAUCCAGUCUCGCGAGCCAUCUCUGAGGGAUUCGAAUCCGGAUGAGAUCGAAAUCGAUUUCGAAACGUUGAAGCCUUCGACGUUGCGUGAGCUCGAGAGCUAUGUCGCAUCGUGCCUACGUAAAAAGCCACGUAAGCCCUACUAUAAGAAAGUGCAAGGUAAAUCAAAAGAUGAACAAAUGGCGGAAAAAAAACAGGAGCUAGAGAAAAGACUAUUGGAUGUCAAUGAUAAAAUAGGAACUAAAAAGGCACCCAAAAAAGAAGAGGCAAACAAGGUGGACCCGACAGGCGCGGGCGGGCCUUCCGGCCGGUUAUCGUCCAGUUCGAGCAGUUCCGAUUCUGACAGCAGCAGUUCGAGCCUGUCGAGCAGCAGUAGUGACUCCAGCGACAGCGAAGCAGGUACAGGCAAAGGUCAACCUAAAAAGAAAGCCAAAAAAUCACCCAACCCUGCAGGAAAUACAACGAGUAUACAGAAACCACCUAUAUUACCACCACAACCAGCACAACCAACCGCCGCACCACCAACAAACAAUACAACAAAUCUACCUGUGGCGAGCAACAACAGUGAGGUACCACCUCCAUCUUCCACUUCCAGCUCCAUAUCCUCCACUCAAUCACAAAACAGCAACCAUGCAGCAUCCAACAACAAAUUUAUUACCAAUCCUAGUCCGAUGCCCUCAGUUGCCAGUCGUAAACCUUCCGUCGAAAAGCCGCCCGUCUCGUUGGCGUCGCAAAACAUUGCACCUCCCACCGCUCCUCAGGUGCCAAAACCGGUCGCCCUUCCUACCCCGUCACCCGACAAACCUAAACCUAAUAUCUUAUCACCGUUGUCUAGUGCGUACACGGACCCGCUCGAACAGUCCCUGGCUAGGUUAGAGCAUGACAUAGCAAAAUCCGAACCAAUGGAAGUCAAGUCCGAGGCCCUCGACUUGCCCGGCAAUCUAUUACCAAUGCCGCCUGUCCUUAGCAAUCCCAUGCUAAAUCCCAACAUCAACUCUAAUCCUAACCUACUCCCUGCUUUGCAGCCAAAUUUGGGCAUGGACAUGAAACAGCCCAUUGGGAUGAUGCCAAUGAUGCCGCCGAACUUGCAAAUGCUAGGUAUGCACAAUCCCUUGGAAAAUGACAUUGCAUCGCUGAUGCAAAACAGCCACCCGCCCUACAUGAUGCAUUCCCAAAACAACGGAAUCGGUAUGAAGAACGAAUACGACAUGCACACAAACAACAACGGCAUUUCUUCCAUGGGUCUGCCCAUGGAACUCUCUAUCCCGACCAUGUUCGACUCGCUUCCGCUACAGAUGAACAACAGCGGGAUGAGAAAAGAUCAAAAUCCGCCCAAAAUGGAUGAAAGAAUGGACCUGGGGCACAUGGGUAUGAGCAACGACAAAAAAUCUCACAACAUGGACUCCCAUAAGCAGCAUUCUCAAUCCUUCGCCGCUGGGUACAAACCUAACAAACCAGACCACAACGUAAAGAAUGCCAGUUCCUGGUCUAGCCUUGGAUCCAACCUUGGAAAAGGCAGUUCGCCUCAGAGUAACAGCCAAGGCGGCAGCAGUAAACAAACAGUCAUGGAGAGCUUCAAGGCGUUCCAGAACAAGGCAAAAGAGAAGGCCGAUCGCGAGAAACAGCGCUUGGAGAAUUUGGAAAUGAAGCGGUUGCAAAGAGAACAGGCUGAAAAGGAAAGAAUACGCGCGGAAAACGAAAGAAGAAGGGAACGUGAAGAAGAAGAUGCACUGGAGAAAGCAAGGAAAGCGGUGGCUGAACAACAACAGCAACAACCUAUACCUGUACAACGAGUUGAAGAACUUAGAUCGUCACCUGGUGAAGGAAGCAUCUCUCCUGGUUCCCAGAGUUCAGGUUCCGAAAAGACGGAAAGGGAAAGACAGCGAUUACAAGAACAAGAAAGAAGACGAAAAGAAGCGAUGGCCAAUAAAAUUGACUUGAAUAUGCAAAGUGAUCUUAUGGCUGCAUUUGAAGGUUCAUUAUAAUAAGUAGUGAGUGAAUGGGUGACACUCUUGAGUGCAACAUUUAUGUAAUUAUGUGUAUUUAAAUAUUAAUUUUAUCAAGUGUUACAGACAUUAUAAGAACGCUCAAAAACUUUUUGAGGCUUCCAUCAUGAGUUAAGAUUUAAACGAAUUUAUGAUUUUCUUAUGCCUAACUCAUGUUUUUAAUUGUUUUUUUUAGUUAGAUUAAUUUCACAUAGUGUACAUAGGAAUGACUUUAUAUUAAUUAUUAUAAACUGUACAGAUACCAGGGGUUUAGAAUAAGUUUUCCACGCUAAUUAAAAAAAAAUAAAAUGAACGAGUUUGGCAUUUCACAACAGCAAGUAUAUCUAGCAGAUUUAAUUAAAUACCACAUAUUGACGUAAUUACCUCACAGGUUCAGUAUUUGGUAUAUGGUUGUAUAAUAUUAAGAUACUCAUAAUUUUUAUUCUAUGUCUGGUAUUUUAUAUCUUGCUGUUUAAAUGCUUAAAAUGCUGCCAGUAAUUAUUGAAAACAUUAAUUAAUUUAUGAAUAAAUACAAAACAUGUACAUAAAAUAUUUAACAUAAAAAAGUAUUCACGUUUAUGAGUAUGUAAUGUUUGGAUAAAUUCAAGUAGUACAUUUCUAAAUUUAUUUAUAAUGUUUUUCAUGUGUUAAACUUAAUAUAUUUUUUAAUGAAAUAGUACUUUUCUCAAUAUUAAUUUUAUUGGCUAAACAUAUUAUGAUUUAUAAUAAUUUUACUAUUUCUGUAUCUCAACAAAAUUUUAAGUUAGAUAUGGGGCAAUAAAAAUAACAACACCAGUAAAUUUAUUUAACAUCUGCAUUUAAAAGAUUUGGAUUUUACUUUUACAUUCAUUUUUAAAUAUAAUAAUUUAUAGAAAACAUUGAGAAUAAUUUUGUAUGUGCUACAUUGUUUUUGCCUAACAUUUGAAUUUAGUAUCAUUACAUGAUAUAAUACCUGACCACAAUUUAAAUGAAUAAUAUCUAUAUGUAUAGAUAGUUUUAUAUUUUAAUUAGUAGUAAAAAUGAGUGUAAAAUUUAAAAAUAACAUUUACUAUUGUCAGUGAUCAUAUUGUUAAUUAAUAAAAUACGUCUAAUGUUUUAAAAGGCAGCAGCUAAUACAAUAAAAUACAAAAAAUCAUUUUGUAAAAAACUAUUUAUUGCAUUAAAUAGAAGGUAUAUUUGAAGCUAUUAUUAGGAAUAUCAAUUUAACAACUAUUUAUUAUUAUUUUUAAAUUAAUUUAGAAGGUGCACCUUUACUAAUUGCAAUUUUCUAUACAGAAAAAUGGUGGUCAUAAGUUAAGAAUUAUUUUAAAACUUAAUUAUAACAAGAUAUUAAAAAAUAAACUAAAAAGUACUACAAUUUGAGUUCAGUAGCAAUAAGAUAAGGUACUAAUGACCUAUCUCAGUUUUGAAUUUUAAAGAGCUUUUUGAAUAAACUUUUUUAUACAUUUAUAAAGAUGUUGUAAUUUUAAUAAGGAUUUUAUUAAUUAAAAUGGAUUUUUACAGGAACUUACUGUUAAUCACAUUAUUUUGAAUUUGUGCCAUGCUCAUUAGCUUAAUGUGGCCUUUUUAUAAUAAUCAUAUAACCUGAUGGAUAUAUAUAUAUAUUUGUUUUACUUAAAAGAUUCAAAGUUUAUUCAAAUAGUCCUUAAUCUUUUAGUCCAAAAUGCUUUUAAGAAUAUGCUGUAUAAAUUAUUGUAAUAUAAUAAUUAGGUAAUGUAAUUGUAGUGGUAGAAAUGUCUUACAUUACCAAACACAUUUUACUCCUUUUGUACAGGACAAUUGAAAUUUCAAUUGUAUCCUGUUUAUAAAAUAUUUUAAAAUUAUAUUUAAAUCACAAAUGUUAAUAACUGGUUUGAUUAUCCUGUACAAAUUUAGACACAAAAUGCAGUUAAGCAUUUUUUUGAUGAAAUAAAAUUCAUUUACCUUUAUUUAUAGUAAUACAUAAUUGUAAAAUAAUUUAUGAUGUAUGGCUGUUAUAUAUUUUUUCAUUAUUUUGAAUUAAGUCAUGAAUAGUGAUGUUAGAAUAAAUAUUUAAGACAUAA